AUUUCCAGCCAUAACAACCACAUUUCACCAAACUCUCACAUCCAUCCACUCCCAUAAAACCCCUACAUGCCACACACCACCCUCACCUCCAUCUCACAUUUUCAAGAUCUCACCUUUCACUUUCUUGAAAAAUGUCUACAAAUCUUCAAUCAUCUCCCAUAUGCAAACUCUUGCUACUAUUCAUCCUUCAAUGCAUCAUCAUCACCACCACCGUAGCUCAAGCUCCGGCGCCAGCACCAUCAGGUCCCACCAACAUCACCAAGAUUCUUGAAAAAGCCGGCCAAUUCACCACCCUCAUUCGCCUCUUUAAACUUACACAAGUGGGUGAUCAAAUCAACACACAACUCAAUAACUCCAACCAGGGAAUGACAGUGUUUGCUCCAACGGAUAACGCUUUCUCUGCUCUCAAAGCCGGAACCCUAAAUUCUCUCUCUGAUCAACAGAAAGUUCAGUUGUUGCAGUUUCAUGUCCUUCCGCAGUACCUCACAACGUCACAGUUUCAAACUAUUAGUAAUCCGUUAAGAACACAGGCCGGAGACAGUGCCAGCAAUAAGUUUCCGUUGAAUAUAACCAGCUCCGGCAACCAAGUGAAUGUGACAACCGGUGUGAUGGAUACGACGGUGUCCAAUACUCUCUACACUGACGGUUCACUUGCCGUGUAUCAAGUUGACCAAGUGUUGUUACCCAUGAGCAUGUUUGGUCCACAGUCUCCGGCUCCGGCUCCGGCACCUGCAAAAAAGAAGAAAUCUGGCGCUGAUGACGAUACUCCGGCAACUGAUGACAGUUCUCCUAGCGCUGAUGCCUCCGGUGCGGUUGGUUUUGGCGGGCUUGUGCGUGGCUUGAUCGUGGGGUCCGUUGGAGUGAUCGUGUUCAUCGUCUUGAUCUGUUUGUGAAAAUAAACGGUGAAGAUGAUGACUGAUCAGAAAAAGGAAUUGGGCAUACUUUUGGAAUGAUUUUUUUUUUACUAUGGUGACUUGGGUUAAUGUGGUUAUACAGUGCGAUGCGUGCUUUUUGAAUAAUUACAACCUAUGUCAUCCAUUUUGUCAUUGAAUUUUACUCGGUAUGUACUAUGUACGAUUAAUUGAAGUUCAGAGAUUUUUUUUUUCGUUUUCA